AAACGGUUGCACCUGCGGACGAGAAGCCGGAAGUAGUCGCGAGCCUCGAGCCUGACUGCGGGCUGGUGGAAACCCGGACAGUGACAGGUCGGACCCGGGGAGCAGCCAUGGUGUGCGGGGGCUUCGUGUGCACGAGGAACGCGCUCAGCGCGCUCAACGUCCUCUAUGCGCUGGUGAGUCUGCUGCUGAUCGGAGUGGCAGCUUGGGGCAAAUGGUUCGACCUGGUCUCCAGCAUCAGGGUGGUGGCAGGGGUCAUCGGCGUGGGCGCCUUCCUGCUGCUGGUUGCCUUUGUGGGCCUGUGCGGCGCCCUGAAGCACCACCAGGUCCUGCUCUUCUUCUACAUGAUAAUCCUGUUCACGGUGUUUAUCAUGCAGUUCUCUGUGUCCUGCGCGUGUCUGGCCCUGAAUAAAGAACAACAGAACCAUCUGCUGGAGGUCGGAUGGAACAAAUCUGAGGCCACUCAAAGGGACGUAGAGAAAACCCUCAACUGCUGUGGCUUCACGUCUGUUCCCCACAACGGCUCCUGUGCUGCGAGUUGCUACGAGGGCGACCGUCCGUCUUGUGGCCCGUGCUCGAGCACCAUCCAGCAGACCGCGGGAGAGGUGCUGCGCUUUGUGGGCGGCAUCGGCCUCUUCUUCAGCUCCACAGAGCUUCUUGGAGUUUGGCUCGCCCACAGAUUCAGAAAUCUCAAAGAUCCUCGCUCAAAUCCUGGAGCCUUUCUAUAAGCACUCCCAGCUCAAAGCCCCCACAUGAACUACUGAAUAGAAGUCUUUCCUCUUGACGUAUCACUCUUAUCAUUUGUACGUUUUAGAGUUGGCCUGUAAUCUUUGCUGUGUCCCUCUUCAGUCUUAAAGACGGCUACACAGCACUUAUCUCAGGACUGCUAACAGUCGCCAGCGGUCGUUCUGGACCCAGUAAGGCUGGAACUACAAACCCCGAGUGUGUUGAGGUGUGUGUGUGUGUGUGUGUGUGUGUGUGGGCUUAUUGCUCAUAAAUACAUCUGUUUGCUGUAAUAUUUGCUACUUGACUACUUUCAUUGUUUGAUUCAUUCUUUUAGGGAGUAGUUCAAGGGAAAUAAACUUGUUUCUUUUUCUGGCGGAGAGUUUGAUGACUCGUGACUUUUGACCAGAGCGCAAAUAAGCGUCAAAUGAUCAAACUGUUCCAAAGUGAAACUUGAUGCAUCAAGCGUUUCCUCUUUGUUUCUAAUCGACGUUACCAGCAGCUUUGUAUGCACACGCACACCUUAUGCAAAUAUGCUGCAGGUGUCUGGAUGCUUAACUACGCCCGGUGACCACGUUGGGUUAACAGGAUGUUGAUCGUUAGUUAAUAGUCUGGCUCAUGUUGCAGCUCGGUGAUGAAGCUGUGAUGGAACCAGCUUGUUGCUGUAUAUGUGUAUGCAUUGCUCUUUGUCUGCUGGUUUUAAAACUCAUUCAUAUUAAAUCAUCUUUCAUCAUA